AUGAGAAUGGAACCCAAGAGGGUAUGCCUUUUCAUCUCCAUAGCUGUUGUACUAAUUGUGCUCAACACAAAUAUUGAAAGAGCUGAUUGUGCAGAGAUGAAGAAAAGAAGCUCUUGGUGGUGCAAUGGAACCAUCGCAGACUGCAUUGAAGAAGACGACCAAGAGUUCCCAAUGGAAUCUGAAGUGAGCAGAAGGAUUCUUCAAUCCAACAAUCAACUUAGAGCACGCAACUCUCUCCAAAAAGGAUCAGCUGUAUGUGAUACAGCUCAGUACGGCGAUUGCAUACCUCGUCAGAUCAACGAUCGCAACAGACCCUGUACCUAUGAGAAUCGAUGCAAACGUGGUCCUCCACCAUGA